AUGUCCCACGGGACCUACUACGAGUGUGAGCCCCGGGCUGGCCAGCAGCCACUCGAGUUCUCAGGGGGCCGAGCGGGGCCCGGGGAGCUGGGGGACAUGUGUGAGCAUGAGGCCUCCAUAGACCUCUCCGCCUACAUAGAGUCUGGGGAGGAGCAGCUCCUCUCCGACCUCUUCGCUGUGAAGCCGGCACCUGAGGCCCGAGGCCUUAAGGGACCCGGGACCCCCGCCUUCCCCCACUACCUGCCGCCUGACCCGCGGCCCUUCGCCUACCCCCCACACACCUUCGGCCCUGACAGGAAGGCCUUGGGGCCUGGCAUCUACAGCAGCCCAGGGAGCUACGACCCCAGGGCUGUGGCCGUGAAGGAGGAGCCCCGGGGGCCGGAGGGCGGCCGAGGGGCCAGCCGCGGCGCCUACAAUCCUCUGCAGUACCAAGUAGCACACUGCGGGCAGACGGCCAUGCACCUGCCCCCGGCCCUGGCGGCACCCAGCCAGCCCCUGCGCGUCCUCAAGGCCCCUGUGGCCGCCGCCGCACCCCCCUGCAGCCCCCUCCUCAAGGCGCCAUCCCCAGCUGGCCCCUCGCACAAAGGCAAGAAGGCGGUGAACAAGGACAGCCUGGAGUACCGGCUGCGGCGGGAGCGGAACAACAUCGCCGUGCGCAAGAGCCGAGACAAGGCCAAGAGGCGCAUCCUGGAGACUCAGCAGAAGGUGCUCGAGUACAUGGCAGAGAACGAGCGCCUCCGCAGUCGUGUGGAGCAGCUGACCCAGGAGCUGGACACCCUUCGAAACCUCUUCCGCCAGAUCCCCGAGGCCGCCAACCUCAUCAAGGGCGUGGGGGCCUGCAGCUAA